UUUAGAGUUUUAGAGACUUCCAGAAACAAACAGAAACCUUUGGCACUCAAAACUGGAAACAAUUGCAAGUUAGAACUUAGAACACACUAGUGACACUACCACACACACUAAUCAAGUCAGAAAAUCACUCUCAAACUCCUUCAGUAACAUAAAUAUCACAUUUGAGAUUGCUUGUUGCGAUGUCGAAGAACCCCAGAGAGAUAAAGCUUCUAUGCCCUUCAUUGUCAAAGGUAGCAAACAUAAUUGCUUGGGACGAAAACAAGAUUGAUCUUGGGGCCAUAGCAAAAGCCUUUGGGAUAGAGCCGUCAACGUUGAAGCUCAACGGUCACUUCAUAAGCAGAGGAGUGGACCUUAUUUCUUGCUCUGUUACUUGGAAGUCUCUCAUAUCUUUUUUCUCUUCUAAAGGACUCUCCACUGGGAACAACCUCGGUGAUGCUCUUCUUGUCACCGGCAAGUUCUGUAAACUUGCCAACAAGCGAGAACAUGAACCUCAAGAUUUUGAAAAUGGGAAUGGUAAAGUGAUUGAAAGUGAGAAUUCUUGUAGUGGAAAAAGGACUCGAUUGGAAGCUUUCAACUUGCAAUGGAAUAAGAAGUUGAAAGAUGGCAACUCAGGUGAGACUUUGGAUGACCUAUGCUGCAAGAGAAAGCAACCGUUGGAAGGUUUCAAUUUAUUUAAGAAAUUGAAGAGCGAUAACAAGAAGUCAGGACUUCCCCCAGAUACUCAAGAUAAAGGGGAUAACCUCUCCGGCGGCAUUUCUCGCAGCCCAUUCACAUGCAGUCAGACGAGCAAGAAUCAGAAGCGGAUUAGAGAUGAUGAUGAUGCAAUUGUAGCAGCUCAGUGCAAAAGGACGAGAUAAAUUCUGUGGGUUUCUAUACCUCUUGAUACAAUAUAUGUUUAUUAGCAGUGGACUGUUUUUGCAUAGUCAUUUUUGGAUGCUGCCGUUGUAUUUUGUUACGUGAAUGCUGUAAAUUCUCUCUCUCUCUGAAUGGUGUAUAU